UCUGGCACCCAAGCUAGACUUGAACUCACAGGCUCAAGCAAUCCUCCUGCUUCAACCUGCUGAGUAGUUGCAACUACAGCACUUGCAGGAUGAAGGCGCUCUCUCCCGUCCUCCUCCCUGUCCUGGGGCUGCUGGUACCCAGCCGGACACUUGCAACCAAGUCUCAUCCUGAAAUCCAACCUCAGUCCCAACCCCAACUCGAGAUCUCCAAUGCCCUAGGAAGUUUAUCAUGGGGAGCUGUCCUCCAGGGCAUGGGCCCACCUAGGUCUUUGCGGGAGUGGGUGGGAGGUGGGUUGGGAGGAGGAGCUUAUCUCCAAAUAGCCAGGGUGGGACAGCAGGAGGGCCAGAGGGGGCCGUUUGAUCUCAUAGCCCAUCCUUCGCUCCCUCCAACAGUUUCUGGGUUAUUAAGCAAGAUGAGCCUGGACUGCCAAACUGUAACCUUCAGGGGGGACCUGGCCACUUGCCCCGCAUGAGUGAGGAAGUCUGUCACCCAGGCUAGUUCUGUUCCGAGUCUUCUUAAGUUUCCGUCUCUACUUUUCUGGGGUCCUGGUCUGAAACCCCCACCUCCUCCGCCCACCCCAGCUCCGGGACCCUCGUGUCCAGGUCCCAGCUGCCUCUCCCUCUCUCCAUGCGUCGGGCGCGCACAUUCCCUGGUCCGAGCCUCCGGCCACCCAAGACACCCCCACCCCAGCAGCCUCGCAGCUCCGCAACUCCGGGUCCACGCUCUGUGGUUCGGGUCCUCAGGCUUCGCCAUCACCAGCUGCACGAGUGCCUCCACCGGUGGCUCGUAGGACGUACGCACCGAGACCACAUGCCAUUGCCAGUGCGCGGGCAUGGACCGGCCCGGAGCGCGCUGCCGCCGCCGGCGCGCUGCCACUGCAGCCUGAGAGCGCGUGCGCCGUACGGGCUGGGGCUGGGGCUGGAAAUAAACCGGGAGAU